GCAAUCUUUCCAUCCGCCAUCCAUCCCUCCAUCCGACCUUCAUGGGCUCCCUUUUGUCGACGAAUGAGGUCGUCGAAGGGGACUGCAACAUGAUGACCACACAAGAAAUCUCAGCGUUUUAUGCGAAUCUACACACGAAUGUCAGUGCCAAGUUUGUGAAAAAACAUCGAGUCAAGACGUCAGCAACGGCCGCGUCCGUGCAGGCGAUGCUCGUCCAGCAGACCCAUCCUUUGUUUGGCCCACCAACGGCGCCGCUAAUCCCAUUCGGCCGACUGUCUCGAGCUAAUUCCGUGGACUCGCUCCAUGCGGACACGUUGACGAGUGAGGAAGUGGCCGUGAAAGACUUGAACGCUCGGUGCGAUCACGACACCACUGCCUUGUUCGUCGCCAUCCAGGCCUUCCAGGCAUCCUGCUCAUCGCAAGACGAGUUCUGCCACGGUUUGUCUCAUUAUCGCCGCGCCGUGAAGCUAUGGAGCCAUCACCUGGCGACUUGCAAUGCCCAGUUGGACUCGAUUCCGAAGCUCUUGACGGCCAAAGCUGGUGUCGCCGCAGCCAAGUUCGCGUACCGCCACCCCACCAUGGACGCCCGGCUGUCCCAGCUGCAUGUGGCCAAGGUGCUGGAAGAGGGUACGCCCUUCUACGCCCGAGCGUUUAGCCAGCACAUGACGCUUCUAGCGAAGCAGCAGGCGUGGGACGAAAGUUUGCUGUGCAAAGGCACCCGCGACACGGCGCAGCCUAGUGCUUUUGUCGACCGAAGUGUGGUGGAAACGAUCUUUAAUUUGGUAGCGUUGGCUCCGUUUUUCGACGAGAACCUCGUGCUCGAAGCAGUGCAAUUGGCGGACUUGUUCCAGGUACAUCCAAAGCAGUUUUGGUGGACCGUCGUGCGUAGCUGUGUGACAACCAACCAGGGCGAGCUGCUGCUGUGGAUGAUGCCUGACAUGCCCAUUGUGUCAAGAAAGGAACACGUCCAAGCAUUCGUCGACGCCCAGCAGUUUGAAACUGCCAAGCGGAUCGCGGGGGAUGCCAAGGACCCUGCCGAACAAGCCAACCUGCUGGACGUCGUUCAACGAGCCGUUGUUGCCUCCACCCUGCAGCCAGACAUGGAACCCCCGCCAGUCCGUCCAAGGCAGGGUAGCGUUGCGAGUUAUGAUGGUAGCAUUUAGUAAUACUAUAAGUACUACUUAUACAUCACCACCACUCGGCA